UAAAAGCACAUUUAAUCUUUCUUCAUUUGCAACUAUAUCAUAUUAAAGAUGGUUACAGAGCAAGAGUUAAACUUUGUUUUGAUACCAUUACUUGCUGCAAGUCACAUCAUACCCAUGGUGGACAUGGCAAAAUUGUUAGCAUGGAGAGGCGUGACUGUCACUUUAGUCAUGAUUCCCCUCAAUGCUAUCCGAUUCACUGCAGUAAUUGAUCGUGCCAUCAGUUCUGGACUCCUCAUUCGGGUACUUGAACUCCAGUUUCCAGCUAAGGAAGCAGGACUGCCCGAGGGAUGUGAAAGUGCGGAUCUUCUACCAGCUCUAGCCUUUCGAAGAAAUUUCUUUGCUGCAAUUGAUAUGCUACAAGACCAAGCUGAAAAAUUGCUUGAAGAGAUGAAGCCUAAGCCAAGUUGCAUUAUUUGUGAUACUCAUAUUGCUUGGACAACUGAGACAGCUGAUAAGUUUCAGAUUCCAAGAAUUAUUUUUGAUGGAAUGAGUUGUUUCACUCAAUUAUGUAUGCACAAUUUGUACAUCAUGAAGGGUCAAAGUGAAAUUCCUGAAUCAGGGCCUUUUGUCAUCCCUGAUUUGCCAGAUAGAAUUGAGGUAACUAAAUGUCAGCUGCCUGGAGCAUUCAAUCCAGGAACACAUUGCAUACAAGAUAUUCGAGACAAAAUACGAGCAGCUGAAAUAAGAGCCUAUGGGGUUGUAAUCAAUACUUUCGAGGAGUUGGAACAAAGGUACGUUGAUGAAUUCCGAAAACUUAAAGAUGGAAGAGUUUGGUGUAUUGGACCUUCGUGUCUCUGUAACAAUGACAAUCUAGAUAAAGCUCAGAGAGGGAAUAAGACGUCAUUUGACAAGGAGGACAGUUUAAAUAAAUGGCUUGAUUCUUGGCAGCCUGAGUCUGUUGUGUAUGCCUGUCUUGGGAGUCUCGGCCGUAUUACAAUUGUACAAUUUGUGGAGCUAGCUUUAGGCCUGGAAGAAUCAGGUUGUCCAUUCAUUUUAGUCAUAAAAGCAGGGGAAGGACAAGCACCAAUAGAGGACUGGAUAUCGAAAAAUAGAUUUGAGACAAGAACAAAAGAAAGAGGGCUUUUGAUCUGUGGCUGGGCACCACAAGUAUUGAUCCUAUCACACCCUGCAAUUGGAGGGUUCUUGACUCAUUGUGGUUGGAAUUCGACCCUUGAGGGGAUCGCUGCUAGUGUGCCUAUGAUCACUUGGCCUUUAUUUUCCGAGCAGUUUCUGAAUGAGAGAUUCUUAGUACAUGUCUUAAAAACAGGUGUGAGUGUUGGAUCUCAAGGAGUUAUGCAUUUGGGAGAGGAAGAGAAGCCUGAAGUCCAAGUGAACAAAGAAGAAGUGACUAAAGCAAUUAAAAAGGUGAUGGACAAAGAGAAAGAAGGAAAUGAUAGGAGAAAAAGAGCGAAAGAAGUUGGACAAAUUGCAAAAAAUGCAAUAGAAAAUGAUGGAUCUUCUCAUCUUAGUUUAACACUUCUAAUCAAAGAAAUACAAGAAUUCCAACUCAACAAAUCUUAAAAUGAAAAUGCACAAGUAGUAUGGAAUGUACUUCUU